CCCUUGUCAAGCGCACAUGCAAUACACCACCAACGACACGGGCAAACUCGACUUGCAAGAGCGCUUGUCGUAUGUCAACUCUUCCCACGACCACAAGGACACUGACGGGUACGCCGAAGCCAAGACCCCCGGGGGGCUCGAAGACGGUGCGUUAGUCGAAGGGGGGGCGCUCGUGUACACUUCUUGGGAGGCCGUGGGGCUCUUUUCCCAGUACGCGGCCAUCGGGGUCAUCUACGGCAUGAUUCCGUCGCUCAACUACCCGAUUUUCAACGUAUAUCUCAACUUGGAAGGGUACCAGACGUCGUCGUACUCUGUGCUCGUGACGCUCGGUUGGUCGUGCAAGGUGAUCUUUGGCAUGUGCUCCGACUGCUUUCCUAUCUUUGGCUACCGCCGCAAGUCGUGGAUCCUCAUCGGGUGGACCAUCACCAUGAUCUGCCUCGCCAUCAUGGCGUUCUCAUCGCUGGGUGAGCCCUUUUGCAACCGCAAGAGCGAACAGUACGCCAAGUACUGCGGCAAACCGCUGGCCAGUGUCCCCCCAGAGGCCAUCGACGCCGCGUUCAACCUGUCCGCCCCGGACAACGGCGCACUCUUCAUCAUGCUGUCCAUGCUCGUGUCGCUCGGGUACGUCAUGGCGGCGUGCGCGUCCGACGCGAUGGUCGUCGAGUACGCCCAGCGCGAACCCGACGCCUUCCGCGGCCGCAUCCUCACGGCCAUUUACACAGUCCGCACCGUGCUUGGCAUGAUUGCCGUGUCUGUGACAGCGUUCGGCCUGAACGGGAAAAACUACGGCGGCGAGUUCAGCUUUUCUAUCGCCCCCAACGUCCCGUACGGCAUCUGCCUCAUCCCAUGCGUGCUCGUGGUGCUGUCAACCGUCUUCAUCUUGGUCGAGCACAAGAAACCCGCAAGCCCCGUGCGCGUGUGGUGGGGCCAGUUCUGGGACCUGCUGCAGUCCCGCGUCAUGUGGCAGAUCUGCGCGUUCCGGUUCAUAAGCAACGUGUUCAACUCGAUCGGGGUGACCGCCACGUCCCCCAUCCAAACGUACUGGGCCACUGUCACGCCCCUCAACGACUCGCUCUCGACGCUUGUGGGCAAAGCCGUGUUCGCGGCUACGCUCGCGGUCGUGGGCAAGUGGGGCAUGCAGUGGAAUUGGCGGUGGAUCAUCGCCAUCGGGUCCAUCGGGGUUGUCGUCAUCGACGCGUUCGUGAUCUACUUGACCAUCUGGGACGUCGUGCGCAACCAGUGGUUCUUCACGGGCGUGGGGCUGAGUGAAAACAUCCCCGACGGCGUCCGCUUCGUCGUGGCCACGUUCUGCGCCAUCGAGGUGGCCAACCAGGGUGUGGAAGGCGCGACAUAUGGACUCAUCACGACCGUGAGCAACCUCGCGACCCCGUUUGCGUCAGUCAUCUACAAGUUUGUCGACUCGUACUUUAAGAUCACCAACAACGACAUCAAGUCCGACACUACGAUUGUGCGGUGGGAUGCCACGUAUGUGUACUUGAUCUCGUACGGAUCCAAACUGUUUGCGUUGGUGUGGCUGUUCAUGCUCCCGCCCCAGAAGAAGGAAAUGCAAGAACUGAAAAAGAAGGGCGGCAAGAGCAAACUCGCGGGGUAUGUGUUGAUCAUCGGGUUCUUCACCUGCUUUGCAUUCUCCAUGACCAGCAGCUUCAUGUCGGUCUUUCCCUCCACGAAAUGCUACCGCAUUGCCGGUGGCAGCGGCGCGGUGGACCCCAAGACGGGCGGGUGCCCCAUCCCGCCCCCCAAGAAGUAAACGGCCCCUCGUAAAUAGUAGUAGUAUUUUAAAUUGUAUUAAUUGUGUCUAUUUCCCAA